CAGUAGUCUCGCCCACGCCAAUUUUGAAGCUGGGGUUUGAACAAAAAACAAAUUAUUUUAAUUUAACUAUAGAAAAAGUUACUUUAGCUCCAGAUGGAUUUACUCGUCAAUUAUCAACCGUUAAUGGACAAUAUCCUGGACCAGUCAUAGAAGUUAACAAAGGGGAACGUAUUGUGAUGAAAAUUCAUAAUAAAUUAGGAGAACCAACAGCUCUUCAUGCGCAUGGAAUGCUUCAAAAAGGGACUCCUUGGUAU